UUGCCUGCAUGUUGUGUUUUCCUCGGGAUUUUCUUUUUGCGCGAGCAUUGUUUAGCAGUCUGCCACACAAAAAACAUCGAGACGAAUCCGAAUGUAUGGUGAAGAAGGCGACGGACGAGAGAAAAAGAACCGUGCGUGCAUGCGUGAAGAAAAGUGAAAAUUAUCUGGUGCGAAUGGUUGGUUAAACUCCCGUUGUCCCCGUGUGGUUGUUGCCUCUGGUUUUUGGUGGCGAUUCAUCGACGAUCGCCCGUAAUUGCCCUUCCCAGUGUAGUUUUUCUUCUUUUAUUCUUUGUUGGGCUGUGUCCCGGAUUUCUCCCGCACCCGUGGAAAAUCGUAGCUAGGGAAGAGUAAAAAUUGUCGAAAGGUCUCUUAGUGGCCCGUACGAGUUAUUCCAUCGAAAAAAAAACCAACUGACGUGGAACUGUAUUUUCGUAGUGAAAACUUUUACGGUUUUAGCUAGGUAGUUCCGGAAUGUAUGUUGGUUUAUGAAAACUGCGUAUUAAAAUUUCGGAAAACAAGUAAAGCUACUCAAGCCUUGUAUUGGAUCAAAUUAAAUAGCAGAUAACGACUAAAGGACGCAUCCGGAUCUACGUAAACCUAGGAUUUCCCAGGAAAAAGACGAUUCAAUAUAUCUCCGUCAUGGAGGAUUCAUACCUUAAGGACCUGGAGACGGCUGCCCACAUUAUCAUGGCCCCUCCAACGGUGGUCACAAAAGAACAGCGGCAGCAGUCGGAACAUAUUUUUAUGAACUUUCGCAAAACCAAAUCGCCGUACGUGUUAUGCCAGACCAUUCUGGAGAAAUCGGUGGUCGAUUUGGUUCUGUUCGAGGCGGCCGACGUGCUCAAGAAGGCGAUCGUUGCCGAAUGGAAGUACAUACCGGAUCAGGACAAAAGCUCCCUUCGCCAGUACUUGCUGAACUAUAUCAUCAAUCGGGACAUUCCAGUGUUUAUCCGGGACAAGCUGCUGCAGGUUGUGUCCAUUAUGAUUAAGCGAGUCAGCUUAGAGGAUGUCGGUGCCGAACGUGGUCAGAUCAUUGAGGAAACUAAAAAGAUGCUCACGUCCGGAGACAUCAAACAGCAAAUUCUUAGCUGCAGUAUUAUACUAUCGAUUUUGGAGGAAUAUUGUAACAUCGUACGAUCGGACGACACUGGUCUGACAACGUACGAGCACUUCCGGGCUAAAAAGCAGUUCGAAGAGACCGACCUGCUGCGGGUGUUUAUCAUGACUCUUCAAGCGAUGGAGGAGUUGAUUAAAGUAUUGGAACCGAAUAACUCUAUGCAUUUAUAUUUAAUCAAGCAAAUGCUGUCCGUGAUGGACACGAUCCUAACCUGGGGAUUUCUGCUACCGAGACUGAACAUUGUUCGUUUCUUGCAACGCUCAUUAUCGAAAAAAAUUAUCGACACAUCUGAAACGGUCACGAAAGCCGUCCAUGCGCCGCCACUGCGCCUACACGUUCAAUGGAAGAACAUUAUCUUUGAACCGAAGCUGCUGGAAAUUUUCUUCUACGUGUACUGGAAAAUGCGCGACAACGAAGAUCUACAACAGAAAGCGCUGAUUUGUAUCCUACAGUUGUCCACCUUGAAGGGACCCAUCAUCUAUGACAACAAAGACGAAAGUGUUACGUAUCUUGUCAACUACCUUACCCAUUUUCUGUCCAUGCUAUCCACAAUCGAAAUAAAAGAUAAGGAAGCUUAUAGCUUUUCGUUGAUUCUUCGAAAAUUGUUGCAAUUUUUGCCCCGAGCAGAAAUCAAAGGACUUCCGAAUGGAUUGUUCGAUGCUUAUAUGCAACAAACCCUGACAAUGACAUUGAAGUUCAUAGAACUGUCGGCAAAAGAGGAAGCGAUGUCGCCGGAUGAAUCGGUCUACGUAGAUUCACUCGGCAAUUUGUUGGAAAUUUGGUUGUUCAUUCUCAACGACAAACAAAGCUACCCGGUAGAAGUGAUGAUCCCGUUCAUCACCCAGAUGUUUGAAAAAUACGUCCAGUAUCACCUGGCGGCACCGGAUGGUAUGCGUGGAGUCGGUCGAGAUGAGGACUCUUUCGACGAAAUUGCCGAAUGUGAGGAAGGCGACCGGGAACGUUUCAAGGAGCAACUGAUCAUUAUCGGCUUCUUCGGGCGGGAAAUCCUCACUCAUUCGCUGCCCCUGUUGUCUAAACUGUUGGAGGAUCGAACGCGGAGUUUGGGAUCGCAGCUGCAUGUGCUCCAUUCGACGAAAACUUUGGAUUUGUCCAGCUCGAAAACGUUGGUGAAUCUGUUCGAGGAUAUUCAUUGGAUUUUACUGAUCACGGGCCAUGUAUUGGCGAUGGAGGCAGACAGUGAGGUGGCUAUCAUUCCGUCAGAAAUCUUGAAGCUGUCCAGCUUACAGGCUGCCAGCAACGUAACCGAUGUGAACACCAGUUUGAAGUUAUUGGCCUCACCUCAUCAAGAUAUCCAGGAGAUUCCUAACGCGGAAAACAGUGCCGAUCUUGUAAUUCGGUUGAUUGCGGCUGGUUUUCGUUUGUGUGAGUUGGAAAAAAGUGCCAUCGAGGUACAAAUGUAUCAGUUCCUUAGCCCAGAGCUUAGUACAACGUUAGUGUGGUUCCUAAAGCGUUGGUCUGACGCCUAUUUGCUACCAUAUAGUGAGGAUGGUUUGUGUGCCAUAUUUAAAGAAGCAUUUGGAGCGAACACGGCGGGUUCCGUCUGGGUUAUAAACUAUUUGCUGAACAAAAUAUGUCUGAACUCGCAAUAUUUGCGUUCGGAACAAUCGGUGAUAGAGGAAACGUGUGAUUUGUUCUUGGUGCUUUUGCGGCGAGAAGACCGAUGCCGGGCCAUUUUCAACUCCGAAUUCUUUCGGUCCAUCUGUGAUCUUAAGAGUGUAGAUUUGCCCGGAACCGUCAAACGGAAACUGCUGAAAGGUUUUGUGAUGGUGGCUGCCAGUGUCGAGAACGAUGAAAUGCGAGCAGACUAUUUAAGCAAGAUUUUGCAACCGAUUGAGGAGAAGUACAAAGUAUUGAUCUCGCAUCAAAAUUUCCAAUCCGUCUAUCAAAACGAGGAUGUGAAGGUGCGCGUGAUUGAGAUAUUGGAAGAGCUUAAUGGCUGUGUACAAGGAGUUAACACAAAGUCGUUGACUAUCAUAUUUAGUAAGAUACAAUGUAUUUGUAAUCAGUUGCCUACGUUUUUGGAUCUCUAUCACAACUAUCCGGUUAUUGUGGAUCUUAUUUUAGAACUAGUUUGUGAAAUAGUGUCCAGCAUUGGCAAUGCAUCCUCGGACAAGAUGAUACGAACGGCAGUACAUGAAUGCUGUUUCGCUGUGAUCCGUAUUUAUGUGAAAAACAAUUCCAAUCGCGUUUCAUUGGAUGCUACCGAUACGGAUAACGUUCCACAGGACUUGAUUCUUGUGCUGAAACUUCUGAGCCAUUUGACCACCAAAUCUAUGUUUACCGAUGAUUUUGUCGGUUCCGAUGAUAACAAUCUACAAUCGUCAGAGAUUUGCACCUUUGGCCUAACACACAUUGUACCACUGAUUACAAUCGAUCUGAUCAAAUUUCCAGAUCUCUGCUUUCAGUACUACUGCACAAUUACAUCCUUCAUCGAGGAAAAAUCAUACAUAAUUCCUACAUUGCAUCCGGAUUUGUUGAAACAACUGCUGGGUUCGAUCGAACUAGGCCUAACGUCUUUCUCGUCCGAGGUCGAGAGCAAGUGUCUGGAGUUUCUGGAGACCUACGCCAACAGUGUGUACUACAAUCAGGACCCGCAGGCUCCGAUGGCGCAGCUGCUGCUUCCGUUCCUCAAGCUGAUGCUGGAUAUGAUCUUCGGGCAGAAGAUCGAUUUCAACAACACCAUGGACUGGUACCGGGCUGUGUUUGUGAUAAUUUGCUGUUUCCCGGAGCACUUCAAGGAAUUGCUGCAAAGCUUCCUGGCCGAGCAGUUUGGCGAUUCGGUAGAGGCGGGCGCCGGGAAGGAUCUGGCCCAGCAGACGGUGGUACUGAUCAGUUCGGAGUUUAUCAACAAUCGGAUGAUGAAAUCCAAGUUCGUCGAUCGGUUUGACAAAUUCGUUACCUUGGUAAGUACAAUGUACAAAAAGUAAAAAAAAUCUGAUAAGUUUUGUUUAAAUGAACUUUCUCGUUUUGUUUAACUUCAAUAAACAUUUCCUUAAUUGUUAUUAUGUCUUACAUAUCUCAGAAUGUAAUAUUCGUUGAAAUUGAUAGCAAAAAUUCUCGUCAGUUCGUCGUUUUAUGUGGCUCAAAAUUGAAAAUUUCUGGAAAAUAAUUUCCAACCUUUUUCUAUUCAUAUCUUUUUCUUUCACCUUAUCUUACUUAUUCUACUUGAAUGUUUGUUUAAGCGAAAAAAUGAAAUGAAACUGAUAGCGAAAUAAAAAGGAAACACCAAACAAACUGGGAAAGCUACAUUAAUUUUUAAAAAAGUUAUACGCGCUUAAUAUACAUUCCAAAAUCUUCUGCUGGAAUUAUAUUAAACGAAAAAUAUGUAGAUCAUUUUUAAAAAUUGAUGUGGAGGUUUAUGCUAAAAAUAAUAAUAAAAAGAAUGCUUCUGAAAGUUCAGUCUAUUUAAAAUAAAUCUUUAAGCAAAGCCGAAGGUUGAAACGACUUUGAAAAACAAUAUUAAAAACUGAUUAUUCACUAACGAGACUGUACCCUUACCACGCUUCAUUUAGAGGAGAAAACCGGAAUUUUGUAUGUUUAUUCCAGUGAAACAUACUUUAGAUUUUGUAUGUAAAAUCAAUUGGUUCUUUAAUCUCAUGAGCACUUCAUUUCAAUUAAAUUUCAAUGUUCAAUAAUACAAACAGAUUAUUGUAACACGUUUAGCUAGGGUCGUCAUACAUAUAGAUAGAGAUAGAAUAAGAACGAGAUGCAAAACGAUGCGGUUAAAUUUUAAAAUAUGCUAUUUUUGUACAUAACGAAUAAGUAAGCGUUAAAAAAUGAGUCUUCUAAUUCUUUGUGAUUGUUGUCGUUACUUACCUCAUUAAUUAUUUCUUAAACACUGUUCUUAACAAUCAAUCUUUCCAAAUAAAAACCUAGAAUAGUGAUUUUGACUAUAUCGAAAAUACCUAUUCAAUAAGACACAUUCGAUUUUCAUCGCACUAAUUCCGAGUCCAAAGGCGUAUGAUACGUAGAAAUUCACUUAGAGAGAAAAAAAAAACGCCCUAAACUUCUACCGUUCUCGUUUAAGCCUAGCACCUUGUGAAAAAAAGAAAUCUUUCAAAAAAAAUCAUGGCCUUUCGCAUUCUCUAUUGCAAUACAUUCACAAAUCGAGCUCACUUAGAAAUGAAUCUGCUACUAUUUUCUCUAGAUCUAAUGAACUUACAAAAAAAAAUGAAAUUAAAAGGCACAAACUGUCGAACUAUUCGGAAUCAUAUUAGUAGUUCUAUCAAUUCGAACACACCUUCUUCGGGCUUCGGCGUUAAGUUGAUUUGUUCGUAUGUUUAUGUUUCAACUUGUUAUGAAUGCGACCGAUUCCUUUCGUUAGAACUUUUGUAUGUUGAAUUAUUUAAAUUAGUUCCGUACCCUAAGUUGCAACCGUACCCUAAGUUGCAAUGGGUUAACGGCUGCGGUGUGUAUGUUUGUGAAAAUGAUGGAUCAACCCAUCAUUUUCCUGACAGUGUCGUUACACACAAUCUUGUUAAACAUGGUGUCAUAAUAUGGCCUAAAUUAGAAGAGGAGCUUGACAUCUUUAUUUAGUUUAAAUUCAGCAGUAGGUUCAAAGAUGUCUAUUUUUUUUUCAUGAUCCAUGUUGAUAAGAUGAAUGGGAGUUGAAACACUUGCCCUCCCUUCCGCAGAACAAUCGCAACAUUUGGUAGUGAAAGUAUCACAAUUUACCAUAAUAAAAGUUGAUACUUUCAAUAGGGCAUAAUUCGUUUGGUUAGGUAGUUAGAUGGUUUAGUCUUGUAGAAUUAAAAAUAGAGAAAACGUGUGAAAAGUAUUACGAUGUUAGGUAAAGGUUAUGGUAUUCGCCUCCCCAAUGCUCUAGUAAGUGUGUAUUUGCGGUUUAUGAAUUUCGUUGGCUUAUUCUUAAAUCAAGCAUUUUACAAGAACUAGAGGCUCAUUGGAUGGGAAUGCUGUUGUUGGAAAAUGUUAUAUUUCAUUUGGUAAGACGUUUUUUUGCUUUUUAUUUAAUUAUUCAUUUUUAGCAAAUCUUUACGUUUUUCGGUUUAGUUUGAAAUUCAUCUAUGGAAGUAUAUAUUAGAAUGUACGGUUUUGAAGAAUAACAAUGAGUAGGUAGUCCUAAUUACUGAUUUCGGGCAUUUUACAAUAGGCAUGCGGUAUAUUUUAAUAGAACCCCUAUGUAGAUUUUUUGUUAAUUAUGAUGGAUUUUAACAUUCAACUAGGUGAGGUAGGUAGGGUACGGUAAGAUGUGCUCUAAUAUCCAUAUUCUGGUAAAUUUUCAUGAUCUCGUGAUGUUGUGAUAGGAAUAAGGUAGCUUACUUCUACUAUUAAUUUGAGCUAGAAUUUUUAUUAGUUUGAAGUAGGCUUGCUCCAAAAAUCAAAACAAACUCUCACAUCCAUAUUUUGGUAAAAUAGUAUGAUUAGCAAAGAAAUGGAAAAACUCUAAAAAGAAAAACAAAAAUUUCAAAAUUUAGAAAAUGAAAGGCAAAAAAUUAGGGAAAAACAGCAAAUAACACUUCAAUUACUUCAUGCAAGAACUAAUUCCUUCCUUUAUAUUUCUUUUCUCUCCUUUUCUCUUUCUUUUAUUUUCAUAUACCCCUGCGCAUACGAUUCGGAGUCAUAUGAUGACUGGACCCCGAGACAACUAUCACGAAACCCAUCACACAUUCCAGUGGAAUUGGGGCGGAGACACGAAGCAGACGUUCAACAGACGACGACGAAGGAAGGAAAAACAUAUAAGAUAAGUUAAAAUGAUUCCUUUAAUAACACAAAAAUUAAUGUAGUUAGAUGCGUGGGGAGUAUGUAGAGGCCAGUCUCGAACCCGCCCAUGUCCUUCCUCCAACUGGUAUCGGGAGGGGUUGGUUUAUUAUCUUGAACUGCAUUUUAUCCAUAUUCCAUGGAUAUAAUGAAGUGCUUGAUGGUUUAACCAACGUCUCAAGAUCGCUUACUAUUCUACGCUGCCUUCUCUAAACUUUAAAUUUUCUUCUCCAAACUAUUCUAAUUUUCAUUUCCAGCGUCAGCUCCCCGAGCUAUUUAAACGCCAUAAAAAAAAAAAAAAAAAAAAAAAAAAAACUUGUUAUGAAUGCGACCGAUUCCUUUCGUUAGAACUUUUGUAUGUUGAAUUAUUUAAAUUAGUUGCUAUAAGAGACUUAGACUUCUAUGUUGAGUAAUUGUGAACCGGUCAAGAGACAGUUGUACUAUCAUCCUUGUAACAUAGAUAACUUGAAAACAAAAUCAAUAAAAUAUGCGGAAUGAACUCGAUGUUUUGAAGCAGAUCUUUACACGCACUUUUUGCAUCGAUUUUUUUUAUUCGUAUGAUGGUAUCGUGAAAAAAAGGUGAACAAAAAAAAACAAACAACUAACGAUAAAAUUUAAGCCAAGGGUAAGCAAAACUGACUUCGGGGACAGAGUUCAAUGCACUAUAAAUAUAUUUUUGUAUACAAGAGCUGUAAAACAAAUGACACGUAGGUACGGAAACUUUUUUCGAGUCGGUUGUUGUGAACGUAGCGAAAUCAGAGAAAUUCGAAACAUUGUAUAGGUAACAAUCUUUAUACAAGGAGUUUAUUUUUAUUACCGUAGGAAACUUUUUGUAGAGGAGAUAUUUUUUUUACUGAAUUGGAAAAACUUUUUAUCGCUUCGCUGUUGAAGAUAUCUAUGAUUGAAUCAUGCACAGUUUAGGUAUUUAUAGAGGUAAACUUUUCAAGCUAGUAGUAAAUCUGAUGUACUUCCUUUUUUGUAACCCCAUCAGAACGCGCCCCCUUGUUAUAGAAUUCUGUGGAAAAAUGUAAAAGCAUUUGGAAUCACGAAUCAUAUUCGUUCCCUGAGAUACUUAUUUAUUAUCAAAUCAAAUGUCCUGUAAAUAGGGUAUAAAACAUACGUGAACUGAAAUAAGAUGUUAUCAGUUUUCAUUUGUACAUUUGUAACCAACAUUUUUUCAAAGUUCCCACUCAUCAGAUGAUGAUUGGCAGCAUUUCACUAAGCCGUGGAAUCAGCUUUCACAUCACACUUCUUCUAAAGAUUAAAUAGAACUUCAAAAAUUUACCUAUUUUUUUGAACUGCAAAGUUUUGUUUCAUUAAUAAUAUUUUUGAGAAAUGAAAAUUCUUCAUUGGCACAAACAUACAGUAAUACUCGGAAAUAUAAAACUAAACGCUAUUUUUUCGUAAAGGUUAGAUUUUUUCAAUUAAUUCAAAUUCACAAUCGGAAUAAAAGUUAACAAUUGCUAGCCUUUUUAUUUAAAUGGGAAAUAUGUUGUGAAUUAGUUUGUUGUUAAUUUAUGAAAAAAAUAAAAAAUUGUUCACGUAAAUUUUGUUUCCACUAAAAGUUAUCGUUAAAAAUAGCAGAUGUCUACCAAAAAGUCCCUCAUGACAAAUUGUGACAUUUUGCGAGCGCGAGUUUGACCAUUAUUAGAAACUAUUCUGGGUGACCAGAACAAAUCGAAUGAACUGUUACGAAGAAACUAAAACAAAAAUAAGAUGACAAAAUCGAAAACCAUUCUGCACCAUUGAUUGACAGGUCGUUGAUGUAUUUCUACAUACUUUCUAAAAGUACAAAAUAAUCAUUAGUUUGAGCAAGAGAGUAAAAAAAACUCAAAAAAGGAAACCAAAACGCGAACGACCGGAAAAGCGAGCCUGAGACAUGCGCUGCUACUACAUAUGUUAGAUAAGCGAUUUUAAACUAAAUAUAUAUUAUACUAUUAUAAUAUUACACUAGCGACAAGUGAUACUGAGCUGAUCAAUAGAGGAGAAAGCGAGAGAAAUGAAGAGAAAGGAAGAAGUUAAUAAAUGAACUUAAUAUAAUAAACGUGGGAGACAAUCCUGGAAACGAGAGAGACAUAAUGGAUUGGCAAAAUAUUGCCACAUGAACAGUAAA